GCUUGGACUUUGGAUGAUAGUUUUUAUCUAAUGGUAAAAAAUUAUUGGAACUCUAUCUCUAAUGGUAGAGGAAUGAGGGGUCUAGCCAACAAGCUCAAGGGUCUUAAAUUCUGCAUUAAGGAAUGGAAUGCUAACCAUUUUGGCAAUAUUUUUACUAAAGUCAAGGAGGCAGAAGAUGCAGCUAUUAAAGCACAGGAAAGGUUUGAAUCAUGCAACACAGAUGAUAACAGAGAGGCCUUUCAUCUAGCAAAUGCAAACCUUCUCAGGGCAUGCAAAACUGAAGAAAACUAUUGGGCACAAAAGGCAAAUAUCAAGUGGCUAGCUAGUGGUGAUGCUUCUACCAAAUAUUUUCACUCUCUUGUUAAAGGAAAGAGAAGGCAAGCUAGCAUCAGAGAACUUAAAGACCAUUCAGGGAAGGUGCUGCUAGAUCCAGACCUUAUUGCUAAUUACAUUUCCAAUCAUUAUGAAGCUACAUUCUCUGAGGACUAUACUGGGAAUCUAGGGGACAUCAUUGCUAACGUUCCAACUGUUUUUAAUGACCUAGAUAACCAGUGUAUCACUACUCUCCCUCUCGAAGAAGAAAUCAAAGCAGCAAUAUGGCAACUCAAUCCCAACAGCUCUGCAGGUCCUGAUGGUUACAAUGGAGAAUUUUUCAGACACUUUUGGGAUAUCAUCAAGGCAGACCUUAUCAGUGCCACUCAUGAAUACUUUCAAGGCAUCCCCAUUCCUAUGGCUUUUGGAAGUACUAAUAUCACUCUUAUUCCCAAGGUGGAGGGAGCUAGAGAAAUUGGUGACUACAGACCUAUUGCUCUAUCUACCUUUUUUAGUAAGAUGCUGUCCAGGAUUGUGGCUAACAGACUUGGCCCUAUGCUUAAUAAAAUAAUCUCUCCUGAGCAAGCUGGUUUUCAAAAAGGGAAAGGUAUUGAGGAGCAUAUCCUUCUAACCAAUGAACUGAUGCACAACCUAGACUCUAAGGUUAGGGGAGGUAAUGUUAUGAUCAAGCUAGACAUGGCCAAAGCCUUUGACAAGAUCUCCUUGAACUACCUUCAGGCCAUCCUUCAAGCUUUUGGGUUUAAUGAACAAAGCAUCUCUCUCCUUCUCCAAAACUUAAGGGCAACUUACAUGUCUGUUUUAGUGAAUGGGAAACCCAAUGGGUUCUUUAAGAUCAAGAGGGGAGUCAAGCAAGGUGAUCCUCUUUCCCCCCUCUUGUUUAUUAUAGGAUCUGAGGGUUUUGCAAGAAGCUUAAAUCAUGCCAUCAAUUCUGGAUACAUCUCCCCUUACAAGGUGGGAAAGAAUAGAGUGGUAUCCCAUCUUGCUUUUGCAGAUGAUCUUAUUAUCUUUCUUAAGGGAGACCUUAGGAAUAUCCUAAGAUUCAGACACCUUCUGGAUAGCUAUCUUAAGGCUUCAGGACAGGAGGUUAAUAAAAAGAAAAGCAGGAUUUUCUGCAGGAAAGGGAGCAGAGGCUUAUACACUAGAAAGCUGGAAGAUACUUUAGGGUUUAAGAUGGGAAACCCUCCUUUCAAAUACUUGGGUUCUACUAUCACUCAGGGUAUACUCAAAAAAACUCACUGUGAUCAUAUUCUUCACCAUUUUGAUGCUUAUAUCAACAAUUGGACCAUACAUGGCAAAUUGGCUAACUUCUUCUGGGGGAGCAAACAAGGAAGGAACCAUUACCAUUGGGCCAAAUGGGACACAUUAACUAGACCCACUAGAGAGGGAGGUCUGGGGAUCAGGAACUUGGAAGAUAUUCAGAAAGCCUCAGCUUUAAAACUCUGGUGGAAGUCUCUUACAGGGAAUUCUCUCUUGGCCAGAUUUAUGAAGAACAAAUAUGCAAGGGAAGGAACUUUUGAGGCUAAGAUUUAUGACUCUACUUCUUGGAAAAGAAUCUGUAGAAUCUCUCCUAUCGGUCUACAAUUCACUACAAAUACCAACCAGAAUGUUAGCUGGGUCAAUGGUAACUUCUCCUUCAAAGAAGCAUAUUGGGCUGUUAGAGAGAGGGAUGUUAGCACUCAAAUCAACACACUGACUUGGAAUAAGUUCCAAAUCCCUAAAAUUAAGCUCUUCACUUGGAAAGCUCUUAACCAAUAUUUACCCUUCCCUAAUAUUCUCAACAGACUGUCCUAUAACUUGCCUAGCAAAUGUCCAUUUUGCAAUAACAAUGAGGCAACAGAUUCUCACAUUUUGCUUACAUGUGAUUUAUCAAGGAGUAUCUGGAAAGACUUUGCAUAUUAUACUACGGGGCCAACCAGGACUAAUGCGAUGGAUCUUAGGGAAUACAUGUUGGAGUGGUGGCUGUCACAUAGCAAAACAUCUCUAAGAGGAUUAUUAAGGUUAGUUCUACCUGGCUGUAUCAUUUGGAAUCUUUGGAAAGCAUAUAACAGAAGCAUCUAUGAAGACACAAUGGAAUCGAGGAUUGGGAUAACCAUUGAAAUCCAGAAAAUGAUUCAACAUUGGGUAUGGUCCAACAAGAAAGUACAGAAGAUUGCAAGCAAGGAGGAAAUUGAAGCUCUUAAUCUCAAACCUUACCUCUCCAAGGACAAAUGAAUGCCAUGGACGUUGCGCUGCAGAUCAAAUUAGGAAGCUGCUUCAGAGUUAGAGGCAGUCGACUAGGCUCUUCUUUCUUGUAUUUGCUCUUUCUAUAUAUAUUGUUGUAUCUUUUACUUUUGGGGCUUCGGUCUAGUCCUCCCCGAACGUGUUCGAAUCUUGUUUAAUAAAUUUGGAACUCAAACUUAAACUCCUAGUAAUUAACUUAUUUAAGUUUUGGUCGAGAUUUUCUCUCUCUAAAACGGCGUUGUGUUCUUCGCAGUUUUGGCCGGCUAUCUAGAUUGCCAUUACCCUUGAAUUUGGCUGAAUCGAGGUCAAUUGAAGUUGGUAUCCCUCGAAAUCACUAUUCAUCCUGAUACUUUGUAGAUCCCGGUGGUGUUGGCGGCGAAGGAGGCGAGCUUGGUGAUGUAG